AUGGAUUGGAUUACGCCAAUUAAUAUUGAAGCGACUUAUCCGACUAAUUUACCUUGGGAUCCUAGAUUAAGUGAACAUGGAUGCAAUCAAGCUCUAGAGCUUAGUCAAUAUUUUGUGAAAAACAAUAUAAAGAUUGAUCGUAUCUAUUCUAGUCCUCUUUAUCGUACACUACAAACUGCAAGCAUAAUUGCGGAUAAAUUAGAUUUAGAAAUCUCUAUCGAGUAUGGUUUAAGCGAAUGGUAUGACCCCUUCGAGGCAAGAACUUAUCCUAGUUGUGCGCCCCUUUCUGUUUUACAUGAAUUCUUUCCACGUAUCAAUCCCACAUAUAUUCCUAUAACAAAGCUGCCUAAUGAUGGGGAAACUUUCCAAGAACUUCACAAGAGGCUGGAUAGAACUAUGCAAAGUUUAAUAGAUGCAGGAGAGGAUCUCAAAUGCGUUUUGAUAAUUGUGCAUGCAGCAUCAUUAGUCGCUGGAGUGAAAGCUUUAAUUAAACAAAGAAACGCUGUAAUAAAUUGUUCUACGUGUUCUUUAACAAAAUGUAUAAGAAGCAAAGAAGGCUGGGUACUUGAAUUGAAUGGAGACACUUCCUUUCUAUCUCACGGAUCAGAGAAUAAUUGUAUUUUUACCGAAGUAGGAGUAGAAGAUGAUGUAAACGAUUAG